GCAGAACCGCACCGUAUCGUCUCUCUGGAUCAGUCGGCCGUUUACUGGAUGAUGCAAUGCUGGUUUACGUCAGAUCCUGGAGAAAUGAUGGCGAGGCAGGCCGGAGAAAGACAACAACAACAAAGAAUGAAAUCAAAAUAAAUCAAAAUAAAUAAUACAAACCCGGAUCACUAUUACAGAGAUAAGCGGCUUCACGACGACUCCUCAGCGAAAUGGCGGCUGAGGAGGUGAGGGAAGUCGUUCGCGUGAGAGUAAAGAAGUGUGAAGGGUUCCAGCAGCCUGAGUUCCGCACCUUCGCAGUGGAUCCACAGAUCACUUCACUGGAUGUUCUGCAGCACAUCCUGAUCAGAGCCUUCGACCUCAAUGGGAAGAGGAAUUUUGGGAUCAGCUACCUGUCCCGGGACAAGCAGGGUGUGGAGCUGUACCUCUUUCUGCUCUCGGACUGGGACCUGGACGCAGCCUUCCUCAGCGCCUCCAAACCCUACCUGCAGCUGAAGAUCGACAUCAAGCCAGCCGAGGACAGCCCUCUGCUGGAGGACUGGGAUAUCAUCAGCCCGAAGGAUGUGAUCGGUACAGACCUCCUACCAGGAGAGAGAAGGUCUUUGGCUGCUGCUGCUCUGCCCUUCACACAGUCUCUUCUCUCCCAGGUUGGCAGGACCCUGUCACGGGUGCAGCAGGCUCUCAGCUGGUCCUAUGGGGAGGAUGUGAAGCCCUUCAAGUCGCCGCUGAGCGACGCAGAGUUCCACAGCUACCUGAAUCACCAGGGCCAGCUGACCCGACCGGAGGAUCUGAGACUGAGGAUCUACCACGGGGGUGUGGAACCCUCCCUCCGCAAGGUGGUGUGGCGCUACCUGCUGAACGUGUACCCCGACGGUCUGACGGGUCAGGAGCGCAUGGACUACAUGAAGAGGAAGACGCGGGAGUACGAGCAGCUGAAGGGGGAGCGGAGCCAGCGGGCCAGCCCUGAGGACCUGGAGUUCAUCCGGGGGAACGUGCUGAAAGAUGUGCUAAGAACUGACCGCACGCAUCCUUACUACGCAGGGUCCGAGGACAGCCCCCACCUCACCGCGCUGACCGAUCUGCUCACUACCUACGCCGUCACUCACCCGCAGAUCUCGUACUGCCAGGGUAUGAGUGACCUGGCCUCCCCCAUCCUGGCUGUCAUGGAUAACGAGGCCCACGCCUUCAUCUGCUUCUGCGGGCUCAUGAAGCGCCUCGAGGGGAACUUCCGGCCGGACGGCAGCCUCAUGUCCGUCAAGUUCCAGCACCUGAAACUGCUGCUGCGCCACUCUGACCCCGACUUCUAUGCCUACCUGGUCUCCCGCGGCGCGGACGACCUCUUCUUCUGCUACCGCUGGCUGCUGCUAGAGCUCAAGAGGGAGUUCGCCUUUGAGGAUGCCCUGAGGAUGCUGGAGGUCACCUGGAGCUCCCUGCCCCCUGACCCUCCGGAGACCGAGGUGGAGCUGCAGGGGCCUGCCUUGGAGGAGGGGGAGAGGGUCGGGGAGAGGGAGAAGGAAGCAAAGGAGAGUGGGGAGGAGAGGAGGGAAAGGAGGGAGUGGCACAUGCUAAGGCCCACUGCCCAGGGUGAGGGUGAGGGUAGUGAGAGGGAGCUGGACAGAGAGGAGAAGAAGGAAAGACACAUGCUAAGGCCCACCGCUAAUGGUGAAGGAGAGGAGAGGAAAAGUGGGGAGACAAGCGACGGAGAUAGGAGGGAGGGGGAGGACACAGGGGAAGAGAGGAGGGAGAGAGGCAAAGAUGAAAGUGGGGAGGAGUGGAGGAUGAGUCACUUGUUUAGACCUGCUGACCAGGAUGAUGGGGACGGUGAUAGGUCGGAGGAGAGGGAGAGGAAUGAGAGGGUCAUGUUAAGACCCACCACCCUAGUUGAGGGAGAGAGUGAGAGGGAAGGGGGAGCGGAGAGACCAUGGCUAAGACCUGCCUCCCAGCAUAAGAGAGAGGAGGGAGAAGAGAUUGAGGAGAUGGAGAUGAGGGAGAGAGGAGAUAGGAGCGAGAGAGAGGGGAAGAGUACCGAAGAUAGUAAGGAGAGGAUGGAGGAGAAAGAAAGGAGGCACACACAGAGACCCAACACCCAAGGUGAAGGGGUGGAAGAAGGGAGGUGCGAGCUGAGACCCAACACCCAGGAUGGAAGAGAGGAAAAUGAGAGUGGGGUGAGGAAACAGCAAGAGGAGGAGAAGAUAGAGACAGAAGCAAGAGGGACAGAGAGAAGAAAGGGACUGAGGUGGAACACCCAAGGGGUGAGAGAAGGGGAUCCUAAAGAAAAUCCUUCUGAGGAGGCCGAGAGGGUGGGAAAUGUAGGGAGCGAAGAACACAAAUCAAAUCUAACAGAGAAUCUGUCUGCAGAACUGGAGCUGGGAGUACCGAGGCCCAUAGGGGAUUCUUUCGAGGUGAGAGGAGAGGGAGGAAGGCAAGCAUCCACCAGCAAAGGAUCACAGACAGAACAGAACAAAGCAGAUGAGGAGAGGAAGGGAGAGGGGGGCCACAGUGUCCUGCCACCGCCACCCCUAGGAAAGCAAUCAAGUUUCGGGGAGUUUAAAUACUACAGCGCCUGGAACGACAGUUUUGAUCUUGAAGAGAGAACAGACUUGAACAAUAUGGACAAUGUGAUCAAUCUACUAAACGGUUUAAACAGCAGAGUGGAUGAGACUAGCCAGACUCCUAGCCUCUCUCUCCUCUCCCGUCACCCCACUGAGGAAAGCGAGGGAGAGCUGGGAGAAGGGGAGAGAGAACCUCUCAUAAAACUGCCAAAUCAGCCGCCUGCCUCCCACCCCCUUCCGGCCAGCAACGUCUCCAGGAGAACAACAUCGCCCAGCGAGAGGGUGAGCUCUUCCUCUCUACCAAAUGGGAAACUGGCCUCCCCUUUGCUGGCCAGUGGGAAGGCAGGGUCUCCUUGCCUCUGUGGCGACAGGGAACGAGGAGAGCACCCAGUCUCUCCCUGCCUGCCCAACUGGCACACUGCUUCUUUCUCGCUGCCCAAUAAGAAGUCCCCGUCUGCGCCGACCGGGCGUCGUAACUCCACUUACUCCCCCCCUUCUUCCUCUCCAUGCUUGUCCAACAGACUACCUUCCCCCUCCCUCCCCAACAAGGCAGGCACCCCUUCUACCCCGGAGCGCCAGGUUUGGGGCGUCGCGCAGAAAGAGGACAAGCAGCAGCAGCAGCAGCCCGCAGUUUCCCUGCCGCCCCCCCAGGAAUUUGGCAAAGGGAACCCCUUCAUGCUUUUCCUGUGCCUGUCCAUCCUCCUGGAGCACAGGGAUCACAUCGUGAAGAACGGGCUGGAUUACAACGAGCUGGCCAUGCAUUUCGACAGGCUGGUCCGCAAGCACAACCUGAACAGAGUGCUGCACCGCGCCAAGGCUUUGUUCGCAGAUUACCUGCACAGCGAGGUCUGGGACUCGGAAGAAGGGGACGAGGCCAGCUCUGACUCCCCGGCACCCCAGAGCCCUUCGCAGCCUAUCUCCUGACCCCCCUCGCCCCCCACCUCCUUUCCAGCAAGUGACAAAGACCAAUACACAGCUCACAAGACGUCCCCUUGUAACGCUCCUGACGGGGCUGCGGUUUCUAUUUUGUAUGAUGUGCAGUAAUGACCAGUAACGAUAAUAAUGAUGAUGACGAUGUGAGACGUACAAGAGGACGGGCAUAGCAUGUAUUAAUAAGUAUAAAUCACAUUUGUCAAGAAUUUGAUAGACUCGCUCAAGAACAGGAGCGUUCCUACAGUGAUACUACAAUGUGAGGAAGUGUUACAAACCUGCGAUCAAACCAGUUUUAGGGGUUUUCCUGAUAAAAUUCUGUUUCACUUCUGUUUUCAUGACCUUGACAAAUAACAUUGUAUCAAUUCUAGGGUUGGAACAAUAAUCGAUUUAUUGGGGUAUUAUUCAUAACGUCUUUGUUAUUCAUAGUGUUAAAGAGUAUUAUUUAUAAUAUGAUCAUUAAUAAUCCUGAAACAGCUCCCAAGGUGUUUUAUUCAAGUUAUUAAACUGGGAAAUGGAAAAUUACUUCAACACAGUUACUUUGACCCUCCCUCUCUCCUCUUCUGGGGGAAGAGAACAUUGGUAAGACUUUAUUUUUAAAAAGUGACAAAAAAGAAAGAUAGGAAGAACGCAUUAUUUAAGAGAACGGUGGUUAGCGAGAUAAAUGUUAGCCGGUAAUUGAAAAGGUUGUUAUCAUGCAACCCUAAUCAUUUCAAAACCUGUUUCAAUGAUGAAAGCCAUGAACACAUUAACAGGUCAAGCAUCCUCUACUUGGUCAACAUGAGCUGGACUGACCCUCUUCAUGGCCACCCAUAGAAGUCCAUAUAGUUGUCACUGUGUUGUCCAUUAUGAACAACUACUUUGUCACAAUAACUGGUAAAUUUUCACAAAACAACUUAAAACUCUGUAGAAGGUCUGAUCUAAUCAAGACCCAGAACCUUAUUGUGAAGCAGUUUUGGAUCUGAUUUGGAAGUAUUUAAGUGGUUUGAAUUAAUUACUGACCUUUUAAAAAUAAAAUAAUAAAAAAAACAUGUGAAACUUGGUAGUAACCGAGGUCCAGAACCCAACUGAAAAAUAAUUUGGAUUGCACGUUACUAAGUGUGUUAAAUUUACAGCAAAAACAAAACAUAAUCAAGUGGCCAUUUGUCAGUGCCAGGUUGCUUCAGUUUAUCCACAGUAUGGAAGGAUAAUAAAAUAGAAAGCAUCAGAUGUUUAAGUCUUAAGAGUAUGCCAAAAUAAAAAACUGACUUCUCCCACUCCUUGUGAAUGUGUAUAGCAUUCAGAUUAAUAAAACCCUAUAAAGUCAGAACCCCAUGGUUCUUUUUCCCCUCCAUGCACAGCUUCUGUUGUAACUGGUUUAUCCAUUUUCUUGCAUUCAAAAGAAUGCUUGAGAUUUCUUGGCAAGAGCAAUCUUUAUGAGCGCUUGGAAGAUACAAUCGACGACUCUGCUACCCCAGUCCAUUUUGUCACGGCACGCCACUGUACGACCUAACGGAGCGGGUGUUGCACUGAGUCAAGCUUUCUCAUACACUUCUCUGUUCCAGCUCGUUACUUCCCCUGUGUACAGCUCCAAAAAACGUCUUUCUAAAAUCCCAAUGAGUUUCGCAGUGUCUGGUAGCUUUAAAAAAACAGCACAAAAAGUUGGUGCGGUACAUAAAAAAAAAAAAUGAAAAUCCAAAAAAUAAACAGAAAAAUUGUAGUACAGUCCUGUACCAAAACAACAAAAUAAGGGCAUCUUCAGUUUUCUUCAGCUCCUUUCUGUCCUUCCUCUUUUAUAUCCCCUUUGAUACUCUCAUUCGCUGGACUGGCUGUGGGGCGGGACUUCCUACGAAUGUAGUGAAAGUGCUCAUGCAGAUGGUAAAAUAGUGUGCACACAAAAAUAAACUGAUUUAAACGUGCAGAUUCCAAAGUGAAACAACAAAAGGAAAUACAAAUCAGGUAAAGGUACAUCAUAAAUGGGAAACAACAAUAAAUCAUUUCAGUGCACAAAAUAAUAAUUGAUAAAACGUCACUUGUGACAUACUACAGUUCUAAAUUGCUUUAAUAAGGUACACAUACAUUCUGUUAUAAAUCACAAUAUCAUAGUAUCAUAAUGAUCAAGUUAAACCUUAUCCCCUCUGCAGC